GUAGGUUAAGAGCACUGAUCUAAACUUCAUCACUCUUGGCUUCGAGGUGCUGUUGUUUCACACCGAAGAUGGCGGCCGAGCUCGCCGUCGUUUUCCCUGGAGUGGCGUCGCCAUCGUCUUUCCUUUUGGGAGCUCUGUCGGAGAAACCUUUUCUUCUUGGCUGGCCGCUUAAUAGCUUCUCUGCCGUUGCUGCUGGUACAAGUUCUGGUAAAUCUACGAAGCAAAGGUGUGAUGCCAUCAUAGCUAGAAGACUAUCUGGGUUGGAAGAGGCCAUGCGAAUUAGGAGGUUACGGGAGCUGCAGGGAACAACAAAAUUAAGAAAGAUACCACCACUGAAGCGGGGGAAGAUUUCUGGACCUCUAUCUGUGCCAGAUCACAUUCCCAGGCCUCCUUAUGUUGGUUCAAAUCAGCUACCAGAACUCUCUAGUGAAUAUCAAAUACACAAUGAUGAGGGUAUUGCUCGAAUGAGAGCUGCUUGUGAGCUGGCUGCUCGUGUCUUGGAUUUUGCUGGAACAAUGGUCAGACCAUCUGUAACCACAAAUGAAAUUGAUAAAGCAGUUCACGGCAUGAUAAUUGAUGCUGGAGCUUAUCCUUCCCCUCUUGGAUAUGGUGGAUUUCCGAAAAGUGUCUGCACCUCCGUCAAUGAGUGCAUGUGUCAUGGAAUACCUGAUUCCCGUCAGCUACAGGAUGGUGACAUUAUAAACAUCGAUGUAACUGUUUAUCUAAAUGGUUAUCACGGAGACACUUCAAAGACAUUUCUGUGUGGAAAAGUUAAUGAAUCAACAAGACGAUUAGUGAAGGUGACAGAAGAAUGCUUGGAAAGGGCAAUUGCUGUUUGCAAAGAUGGUACUAGCUUUAAAAAGAUUGGAAAGAGAAUAAGCGAAAUUGCUGAAAGGUAUGGCUAUGGUGUGGUGGAGCGGUUUGUUGGCCAUGGCAUUGGGACUGUGUUUCAUUCUGAACCAAUUGUUAUUCAUACUCGUAACGAUAAAUCAGGUUCCAUGGUUGAAGGCCAAACUUUCACUAUUGAGCCAAUUCUUACCAUGGGUAGUAUUGAUUGUGUCACGUGGGAUGAUGGGUGGACUACACUUACAGCUGAUGGCCGACCCGCCGCUCAGUUCGAGCAUACAAUUCUGAUUACAAGAACCGGAGCUGAAGUGCUGACCAACUGCUGACUCCUUGCAUACAUAUUAAAUUAGCCUUCUUUUUGUAGCUUUUACAUUGAUUUUAUGAUUCCAGUAAAUUUGGACAUGUUCCUGUUGAAUUCAAUA